CUCCGAGAUAAGCUAGUAUCCGUAAAGAUGUCAGAAGGGAAAGUGUCGACUGGGUCUUCCAAAUUCAUUCUUGGAAGAUCUGCUGAAAAAACUGGGAAGAAGUCAAUCCAAGGGUUAGUCAAUCAUAUCGCAAAGGAAAAGGGAAGCUCACACCAUGAACCAAUUUAUAUUGUGAUAAAUAGUAAAAUAUCCUAUAUUAAGAAGAAAGACUAUACUCCAAGAGUGAUACCGGUGACGCAUAAACUCGACAAGUUGGAGAAUAAAUCGAUCCUUCUCAUCACCAAAGAUCCAUCCACACCUUACCGUAAAGCAUUGACCGAGAAAGAUUCACCCACUGAGGAUGUUUUCAACCGAAUCUAUACUCUCACCAAAGUCAAACUGAUAGCAGCCAACCCCAAGAAUUGUGUGAGGUUGUAUAAGGAGUACGAUAUCGUGGUGGCUGAUCACCGGGUGCAUAAGUUUUUACCAAACAUAUUGGGAGCUACCUUCUACGAAAAAAAUCAUAAAGUACCAUUCAUGGUGCAAAUGGCAAGACCAUCGGCAGAUGCCAACUUGGUGAAAGGAAAGAAGUCUACAAAGUUGAAGGAUGAAAAUUGUGAUCCAAAAUACGUUAGGAAUCAGUUGAAAUCAAUCGUGGGGAAUGUUUCAUUCAACCCCCCUGCCAAUGGAACUUGUGCCACAAUUAAGGUCGGUUUCAGCGACUGGGAUACCCGACACAUCAUGACCAAUAUCCACGACGUAGUUGACUACUUGACAAAUGCUAAGUUUGCCCCCGUAGGUGGCCUUCUUCGAUCUCUAGAUAAUAUUAUCAGUGCCCACCUCAAAACAAGCGAAAGUGCCAGUCUACCAUUCAUGGAAAUCAAAGAAAAUAAGGAGUCGGACAAAGAAGACUACAGUGACUUCGACUUCUGAUUCUCUGCAUUGUAUACUCUAUAUAGUCAUUUGUAUUAUCUUCAAGAUUUUGUUGAAAUAAAAUCCUCAUUGCAUACUUUGUUGCAGCCAUUUUUUCCCCUUUUUUGGGGAACCCUAGUGAAAACCCCGUCGUUGCCAUUUCUACCACUUAUACUAUGCUUUACAACUUCACCCAGCCAGCUGCUUUUAGAACAUUCUUCCAAGCUGAUAUAAGUGUCCGACUAUUUCAAAGUUUU